AAGUGUCGUGUGGUGGUGGUGUGCCCGAACCUAGCGGAGUCGAUCUCGUCGAUUGCUUAUUCUUUUUUUCUUUUUUUCUUGUAAUACAGGUGUGUGGAUUGAAUGUAAUUGGCAAGCCGGGUACAGGCAUGUGACAGAUGCUCGCCUCUUUGCCUCUUGAACAAGACUAUCGGAUAUACUGGAGAAAGUGACAAGUGAAGCAGGGAUCAAGAAACUGUUACUGGACCGCUCCUCUAUUCAUCUACAAUGCACAUGUAGAUUGAGGCGGAAAACAGUUUAAUAAUGGACUUCUUGCUAAUCGAUCUGUGCUGAUCUAAAACUUCCCUUGAUCAUCCUCUCUAUAAAGGGAGAUCCUUGGUUUUAGGAGGGGAUUAGCGCCGUUGAACGCACUUUCUCUGAUGACGUCCCUCGAAGGAUAUCACUGACAUUAACAGGAUCAUCCUCGGAAAUGCCUCCUCGUGUUCCAGUAGUCAUUGGACGAGAUUAACGGCUCAAAAGAGGCGAAAGCGAUGCGUAGGAGAAAGAGCUACAUAAAAUCAACCAGCCAGUAGCACUGUAGUGACUAGUCUAUCAAAUGUUCUCAAAUUAUAACCAAGACACUAUGGUGCUAUAUUCUAUUAAUCCAUCUGCUCUUAUCUGGCAUGAGAUCACUCACUCGUUAGAGGUGGAUUUUUAAUUAAAGGGAAUUGUCUUUCACUGUUUUCCAUGGAUACCAGCUACUGUUUAUUUCUUAUCUGACGCACCAUCAAAAGCAAGCGAGCUAUAUGUAUAAAACAUAAGGGUAUUAUGUUGCAAUAGGUUGUGACUAGUCGCUGUGGAUGAUAAAGAACAUCACUGGAGGAACUGAUACUCUAGUUUGCACUUGACACCGCUCCAUGCAAACAUUAAUCUCUUGACGAUUGCGAUACAUUGUAGCUCCGGACGGACGACUGUCCAUGUUCUUAUUUUCAGAUCACUCUCGUAUUUCAGUAUAAAUCUCUAUGUCUGUGUGGACUGUAUCGCAGUCUUUAUUUUGUGCUGCCAGUUGCAGAGGAGAAUUUACAAGCUUUAGGAAUAUUCUCAAUUUUUCUUUAACCCCUCUUUAAAUAUUCUGGUAAAUGAGAGAAACAUGCUUAUUUCGUGAGAAGUGAAACAAACUAAACUUUGUCUCUAUAUUUGGAUACAUCUAUGACCGAAGGAAUUGUAGCAAAGGUGGCUGCAUCCUGCUCAGUCUAAUUCUUAUCUCUUUACUAAGAACAAAGUAACAUUCGGCUUGUUGGCAAUUGUCGAAACUCUGCGCCAAAUCACCAGGAGUUGCCACUAUAACACCCUCUAUCAAAUUGAAAGUCUCGUUUUCUGGGACUGAUUUAGAGUUUUAGACAAGAACACCGCAACAUCACCAAGAGUUGCCAGUUGCCACUAACGACUUCUAUCAAAUUGAAGGUCUCAUUUUUCUGGGACUGAUUAAAAGUUUUAGACGAGGACAUCACAAUGGGAGUGAUCAAAGGUUUCCAUGUUCUAUUUGCCAACAAGAAGGACGUCUUCACGGCUAAGGAGCACGUUGCCGGGGAAGUCGUCAUCACGCUGGCUGAACCCAUGAAAGUCAAGACUGUGGAGGUCACCUUACGGGGACAUGCCAAGGUGACAAAGAGCGGAAAUCUGUUGAAACCAGGAGAGCAGGAUAAGACCAAGCUAGGCCAGGCUGUCAACGAAUACUUGAACACGAAGCUUCAACUUACAGCGGGGUCUUCAGCGACAUUACCAGCUGGACAGAGCAGAUUGCCAUUCUCAUUUCUUUUGCCAGAAGGGUUGCCGACAUCUUUUGAGUCCAAGCAUGCGAGGAUACGAUACUGGCUGGAGGCAGUCAUCAUCAGAGCAUCAUGGUUCAAGUCCAAGAGGAGGACUGUUCAAGGUUUUACUGUCAUCGAGCAUGUCGAUGUCAACCAUCCAGAUCUCCUGGCGCCAGUGCAAGAAUCAAGAGAGCAUACCAUUGGAUGUCUAUGUAGAAAGUCAUUCCAGGCCACCGUCACAUUGCAUAGAAAAGGCUUCUGUCCUGGAGAGGCAUUCAAAUCAACUUGGAGCUCGUCAACGGCACCAAGAAGUCUCUCCAGUCCCAGACGACGUUCCUCCAGAAGAUCGAGUACAGGGUCAAAGGUCGGACGCACACGGACUCCCAGCAGAUCAAUGCCCUGGAUCUCGGCCUGGUGCAGCGAACGCAGCGCCAGUUCUCAGGAAAUUACUUACAUCCAAGUUCCUUCCAUAGCGCCCCCUAUCAACUCCUGUAAGAUCAUCACCGUCGGUUACGUCUUGCAGUUUACAGUCAGUACCUGGCACCAAAGAGAAAGUGACGUUUGAUUGCCCCAUUGCUGUUGGUACCAUCCCAUUCAGACAAGGUCCUGCUAUCAACCAUCACCCUAGCCCUCCUGCUCACCAACCUAGUCCAGGUCCUGGUCUUGGUCCUGACCCAGGAGGUUUCUGUGUAGAGAUAUCCA